AUGUCGUCGCAAAAGGAGUCUUCCGAGUACGAGAUCCAGUACAGAUCGACGAUUCAGCCGAGGACCGCCGUCCGAUCGCAAUCGCGCCAGUCUGGAAAUUAUGUGUCCGGAGGAGGUGGCGCCGCUUCUGGAGGUCAGUUUUUUUGAGAUUUAAACUACUGGGAGAGUUAUCACUUGUUAUCACUGUUGGACCUAGAAUACAUAGCCUUUCUGAAACAGAAAUAUAUAAUUUCGAAAGCUAUUUAGGUCCAGUAGACCCUUUGAACUUAUUAUAAAGUUCGGACUGUUCACAAAAGUGACUGUUAGAAGUCUCCACUCAAAUGGACCACUGACACUUCUGUAACUACUGUAAUAGAAGAGCUUCCCAAUGCCUUUCAUUCAAGACGAUGCAUCUCAGUUGUGGGUGAAGAUAUCAAAAAGGUGUCAACUGACAAAUUGAUCAGAAAGACAUUGCGCACAUUUUAUUAGUUGACAACUUGUUGAUAUCUCUACCGACAGCCGAGUUACAUCGUCCGUAAUUUCAAGUUCUCCAAAGAACACGGAAAUCUUUCCCUGUUUUAAUGGCUGGUCUUAGAAUGAGCUUGUUGCUUCGGAAAUACGUUUUGAAUUGAUCACAGUUUCAACUAUUCUCUUCGUCGAACUGUCAGACCUCGAAACUUUGGUCCAGUUCUCUGAAGCUGACCCUAAUUCGAGGUGACACCCCCAUUAACUGAACUAUCGUUCCCUUCUCUCUCUCUCUCUCUCUCUCUCUCUCUCUCUCUCUCUCUUUUCUCUCUCUUUACAAACAAAUUUAUAAUAAUUAUGUGUGUUUGGAUCGAAUUAGCGAACGCACGGGCGCCCAUUCCUCCUUUUAUCCCUGCCCGUGAACACUUUCCAAUGGGAUCAACAACAAAAAAAAAGAGAGAGAGAGAGAAGGAACUGAAGUAAAUAUUGGUUUUUGUACUAAACUCUCUCUCUCUCUCUCUCUCUUUUUCUCUCCAGGCGAAUGUGCUCGUUAUCAGUGCGAAAAUGAAGAGAUCGAACGCUUUUGGCGCAAAAAAAAACCCGGGGCGAAAAGUAUAGAUACUUGAGGAAGAAGUGUGACGUGGCAAACAAAGGGACAAAGUUUAGAGAUCGACGAGAGGGAAUUUCUGUCUUGUGACGUGGCAAACGUCAAAAAAUCAUAAGCCAGCAACAAGAUUACGAUGAAAAUGAAUUGAAUUGAGCCCAGUUUUGCACUUUGCAAAAAUUUACCGUUUCUAAAGGUUUUCAUGUGGAAUCGAAGCUAACCUUUCAUGUUUUAAUGACGACUUUUAUUGAAAAUAACUUAUUGAAGCUAGAAGUCACUAUUUCUCGGCUCUCAGUGAACCGAUCGGGACCAAACUUGGAAGAUGGACCAUAUAGGGUGUAGAGAAGACACUUUUAAAGUAUGGUACGGAUCGGCUCAGUUUGAGGGGUACUUUAUUGUACUAGAAAAUAUUUUGAGCGACGCCAAGCGCCCUAUGAUAUGUUAGCCCUGUGAGCUGCUGACUGCUUUGUGCCGUAUAGCGCAGUGGUAGACUUUUUGCGUUUCAAGCGGCGGUCGCGUUGGGUUCGAUUCCCCGUGGGCUGAAAUUUCUUUUGCUUUUUCAAAUCUACAGAAUAAUGAUGUUGAGGAACGAUUUCUGGUUUCCCAUAACGUUUUUUUGGUCAAAAUUGUCGAUCCCGAAAUGCCCAUUUACCCAUCGAAAAUCGCAUAAAUCUCGUCGAGAUGUCCUCCAAACCAUUCCGACCCUCUUUUGCAUAAUCUCCACCGCCCUUUUUUUCGCCAUUUUGUCCGGAAAUGAUACCAUUCGAUGGAUCACACGCAAAUAAGCCGUUUGGCAACAUUUCGAGCCAUAAAAUGAUUGUGUAAACAGGACGAAAACUGUGGAUUGGGUCAAUAGAAACGAUAGAAUUUCAGACGAGUAUGGAAUCGAAUUCAAACUUAUAAAAGAGACAUUGAGCCGUCCGUGAUGUUUCGGGUCGAUUGUGUCAACAUGGCACACAAAAGUUUCUGUGUCCCCCCCUGUUUCUUGAGCACUUUCGGAGCACUUGAGAAAGUUGUGCCGGCGAGAGAAACACAGAGACGCAUUCAUUUAAUCCGUUUUUUUCUAAUCGAAAUUCACUUUUUUAGCCCUUCAAACGACUGCGACCCAUUAGGAAAGUAGUUGCGAAACGAUAGAAUGAGAGGGGGCCGGCCACACCCUGUUUUGAGAAAUGAAGGGGGGGAAACAGCCCCCGAUUAGUCAUCUGAUUGAUGUUCAACACUUUCAAAUUUGAAAUGGGCGGAAAUGAAGUUUUGUGAUGAGAAAUGAUGACGUGGCAAUCGUAGAAGUCUCAAGUUAUCUAACAAGUGAAUAAAAUCGAAUUAGGUUCCAAGUAUUUGAAAAGUUGAUGAAACAACGAUGAACUUUUAGUGUUUCAACUAGUUUACUUUUCAGUUUUUGGGUUCUCCGUUUCUGUUACGCGUUGUUUACAUACUUUUGUGGUUUAUUAAAGUUUCAAAACGUUUUUCCAAGAAAAACUAGAAAUUUCACCUUUUCCAUGAAAAAACGGAGACUUUAAGUGGGUAUUUUGCUCUAAACAUAAGGGAAUAUAAAUCUUGAUUCCUUAGACUUUAACUUUUCAGUUGACACUUUAUUCAUGGGACCACUCCCACAAGUACUGUAGCUCCCGGAAGUUGGGCGCCACUCUUUUUUGAACAGUGCUAACUUCUAGGCACCACAGUAGUCUUGGAGUGGUGCGACGAAAAAAGUGUAAACUACAAAAAUGUAGUACUAGGUCUAGAGAUUUCACUCAACAUACGACUUCUCGGUCCCUCAAAGUUGGUCCCCCAAAGUUGGCUCUACGAAACCAACUAAAAAGCCAUUCCAAAACGUUGAAAUCUUUCGUUUAAUUGAAAAGAUAAGAAGAAAUGAUGAGAUUGGAGGAGAUGAUUAUCAUCCAGAGAGUCCCCGCCCGUCCAACCUUGACAUCUUCUUCUUCUUCUUCUUCUUCUUCUUCUUCUUCGUCUUCUCUCGCAGCCUCCCAAUCGUAUUGUCCGUCCCGUUUAUCAGAAUAUCAUCAUGAGAUGAUCGGAAAUGAAAUCGGACACACCUUCUCUCUCUCUCUCUCUCUCUUUCUCCUUUUUUCUGUGUUUUCGGGUGGAGAGGACCGCCCGUCCUACCGAUCAAACCGUUGUUUUGCAUAUAUACGUUUACACCCUUCUUUUUUCUUUUUCUCGACACUUGUAAAUCGAUAAUACUUCAAGAGUUAACAAAUGGACGCUGACACACCACAACAGCCCUUGUCUGGAGGUAAACUACUAGUUAUAUUGUUACCCUAGUUUUGACCUACAGUAAUAUUUGAUCUAUAAGCUUCCUAUUUGUCCUCAUUUCUAGUCGUUAGAGAGUCAGGAAGGAGUGCAUUUUUUUUGUGUAUCAGCGGCAGGUACUAUUAUCGAUUUCUACACGAAUUUCGUCUCAUAAAUCCCUAACAAUUACAAAACAACUAGUGGCCGUUUCAAAAAGUUUUGAAAUUGGGAAGAGGCCCCCCCUACAAUUCGCAUUCAAUCAUCUUCUCACCAAACCAAUAAAUGAUUGCAGGACGUGUCCUCAAGAUGGUCACCGAAAUGGGAUCGGCGACGGUCGGAGGCAUCUCGCCGGCGCUCUCCGCCAACGCGGCCAAGUCCUUUUUGGAGGCGACGGAUAAGGAGAAGAAGACGCUGCAGGGCCUCAACGACCGUCUCGGAAACUACAUUGAUCGCGUCAAGAAGCUCGAGGAGCAGAACAGAAAACUCGUCGCCGAUCUCGAUGAGCUCCGCGGAAAGUGGGGAAAGGACACCUCCGAGAUUAAGGUUCGUGUUGAGAAGCGCUGGUCCGAAGAUUGUAUGCUUCAAGUGAAAUGGAUAUGUAUAACGUUUUGGAAACAACCAAUGAAAUUUGCAGAUCAAGUACUCGGAAUCCCUGUCGACCGCCCGUAAGGACAUCGACGACGCGGCGCGCAGAAAGGCCGAGAUCGAUGUGAAAGUGGCGCGUCUGCGUGACGAUCUCGCCGAGUACAGAUCCAGAUACGAAGACAUCCAGCACCGCCGCGAAGGGGACCGCGAGAAGAUCAGCCAGUGGACGAACGCGAUCGCCGAUGCGCAGUCCGAGCUCGAGAUGCUCCGCGCGCGCUACAAGCAGCUGAGCGACGAGGAGAAGCGUCUGAACGGAGACAACGCGCGCAUCUGGGAGGAGCUGCAGAAGGCGCGUAGCGAUUUGGACGACGAGACCGUCGGCCGAAUCGACUUCCAGAACCAGGUGCAGACGCUGAUGGAGGAGCUCGAGUUCCUGAGAAGAGUGCACGAGCAGGAGGUGAAGGAACUCAACGCGCUGCUGGCUCAGGCGCCCGCCGACACGCGAGAGUUCUUCAAGAACGAGCUGGCCCUCGCGAUCCGUGACAUCAAGGACGAGUACGACUAUAUUGCAAAGCAAGGAAAGCAGGACAUGGAGUCGUGGUACAAGCUCAAGGUUUCCGAAGUGCAAGGAUCCGCCAAUCGUGCCGCCAUGGAGUCGAACUUCCAAAGAGACGAGGUGAAGAGGAUGAGGGACAACAUCGGAGACUUGCGCGGAAAGCUCGGCGACCUCGAGAGCAAAAACUCGCUGCUGGAGAAGGAGGUGCAGAACCUGAACUAUCAGCUGGCCGACGAUCAGAGACAGUACGAGGCGGCGCUGAACGACAGAGACGCGACGCUGAGAAGAAUGCGCGAGGAGUGCCAGACGCUCGUCGCCGAACUGCAAGCGCUUCUCGACACAAAGCAGAUGCUCGACGCCGAGAUCGCCAUCUACAGAAAGAUGCUCGAGGGCGAGGAGACGCGCGUCGGACUCACUCAGAUGGUCGAGCAGGCGGUCAAGACGCACUCGCUGCAGCAGCAGGAGAACACCGAUUCGACGCGUUCGGUGCGCGGCGAGGUCUCGACGAAGACGACGUUCCAGCGGUCCGCCAAGGGAAACGUGACCAUCGCCGAGACGGAUCCCAACGGAAAGUUUAUCGUUUUGGAGAACACGCACAGAAACAAGGUAGGAGCGGUGUGGAAAAGGAAACGAAUGCAAUGAUUUCAGGAUGAGAAUGUUGGCGAGCACAAAUUAGAAGAAAGUUGGACGGAAGACGCGAGAUCGUCUACACCAUCCCGGCCAAUGUGACCCUCAAGGCCGGAAAGACCAUCAAGGUAAGGGGGAUUCUAGUCAAAACAAGGAUUAGUGCUAGAACAAGCGGCGACGCAUGUGUUGUGAUGAAACUGAAGACUGAUGUGGAAAAGAGUCACAAUUUAACUAGUCUAGUAUUCAAAUAAACCUGGAAUGGUCAAGUAAAGUGCUAAAAAUGAAAACAGUCGAAAAUGUUUGCAGAUCUACGCCCGCGACCAGGGAGGCAUCAACAACCCGCCCGAGUCGUUGGUCUUCGACGGCGAGAACACAUGGGGCAUCGGCGCGAACGUUGUGACGAGUCUGGUGAACAAGGACGGCGAGGAGCGUGCCACGCACACCCAGAAGACCAUCCAAUCCGGACAAUAA